AGUAAACUCAGCAAUAUAUAUAUACAGUAUAAUUCAAUAUUGAGAGCACCCAUGGAGCCAAUUCAUCUAACUAAGCUGGAUAUAUUGUUGGCCGGCGACACGAAACGGUUUAGCCGGGCCGACGAAGUAUCGGGUUUGCUUCAGAUAACAAUUAAAGGACCGCUAAUGUUGUCGGCGGUAACCAUCGGACUGGUAUGUAUGGCCGAAUGCAGAUGGGUUGAAAACCCGGGCACCCGAUAUCAUCGGGAAGGCCAUGUCUAUCAUAAUAAACGAAAACUAUUGGACUACACCUAUCAGAUACCAGGAAAGUACGCCGACAAUUGUCUGUCACCGGGAGAUCAUGUCAUACCGUUUAUGUUUAAAUUGCCGGAAAAGGAUAUUCCGUCGUCAUUCGAGAGUACUCACGGCUCAGUUACCUAUUUUGUUGAGGCAGUUAUAGACGAACCGGCCAUCAAUGAAGUUCAUCGGAUCGGUUAUCCCAUUGUCGUCGAGGCUCCCAUUAUCAACAAUCUUAAUCUAUCUGUUGGCGGCAGUAGCGAAAAGGACUUGUCGGUUAUCAACUUGGCUUCUGGACAUAUCACAUUGAUUGCCAAUGUCACCAAAAAGGGCUUCCUAUCUGGCGAACUGGUCGAAGUACACGUAACAGUCGAUAAUAAAUCAUCGGUAGACGUUACACCCAGGGCUACAUUAUAUCAGACACAAGUGUAUAUGUGUGGUGAACGACACAAGGGUCUGGAAGUACCGCUAACCAAUCCACUGGUCGGCACCCUAGUGAGCGCCGAGUCAUCUAACGAUGAAAUUAUUUACCUGCGUAUGCCGGCCGAAGCAUCCCUGAGCAUCAAAAGUCCGAUAAUUACUAUCAAAUAUUUCAUACACGUAACACUUGACAUACCCCAUGCCAUUGACCUACACGUCAAUCUACCCAUUAUUGUGACUACCGGUUCAGCGUUUAAUCUAAGCAAUAAUGACUAA